CUGGGCCUCCUGAGGCGCCGCAGGGACGGGAGGGAGGUCAUGGAGGAGGCCGUGCUCGACGUUGAGCUCUUCGGCCGCCCGUCCGCGCCUGACCGCCUGCUGGAUGGCACCAUUCGGCAUCCAGCCGCCGCCCACAUCCUCGACGCCGCCUCGAGGGAGCCCGGCGCUGCUGCGGAGGAGGGGGCGCGCUGCAAGGAGGCGCGAUAUCCUCCAGCUGCGGGCAAGGCCGUGCUGCGCCGUGGAAACGUGGGGCCGCGUCGACGGGCGCCUGGGCGGCCUGCUGGAUGACCUCGCCGUGCUCGCGGCGCACCGGCAGCGCGAGCGCGGGCUCCUGCCGACGCGCUGGCGCGCCAAGUGGCGCACGCAGAUCAGCGUGCAGCUGGCGCUCGGCGUGUCGCGGGCGCUGCUGGACGCGCUGCCCGCGGGCGUCAAACCAUGCGGCCCGCUGCGGUCCAGGGAGUGAGCGGGGGCAGGUAGCAGUUAUUUGUGUUGGUUUGAAUUUGUAUGAGCUUGCGAGAGAGAGAGAGAGAGAGAGAGAGAGAG